AUAAACAGAAACCACGGUAAUAAGAGUUGAGAGGAGCUGAAGCAGGAAAGUGUUUUGAAAAUAAAAUGUCGUCAGAUGAAGAAAGCGUUGAGGACGAAGGAGUCCCCUAUUUAGGAGAAUAUGAAGGUGAUCGAAAUGAAGAAGAAGAAAGACAUGGAAAAGGAAAAGCUAAGCUGCCUAAUGGCGAUGUAUAUGAAGGAGAAUAUUCACAUGGCAAGAGACACGGCCAGGGAACAUACAAAUUUCAAAACGGAGCAAGAUAUACUGGAAGCUACAUGAACGGUAUAAAACACGGCGAAGGAACAUUCCUGUAUCCUGAUGGCUCCAAAUAUGAAGGGUACUGGCUUAACGAUGUCCGUCACGGCCGCGGGAAAUACACCUACCCGAACGGGGACAUUUACGAGGGGGAGUGGGCCGACAACCAGCGUCACGGUCAAGGGGAGUACACGUACCUGGAGACCGGGUCUAAAUACCGGGGGAUGUGGGUCCAUGGGAAAAUGGACGAAGUUGGGGAACUGAUUCAUGCUAACCAUCGGUAUUCCGGGGGAUUUUUGCAGGAUAAGCCCAGCGGAAAAGGUAAAUACGUGUUUGAUCACGGCUGCGAGAUGCGGGGGAGAUAUGAACUGGUUGAAGUUGUUCUUGAGCCUGACAAUGAGGAAGAGGAAGCCAUCACUGUUGUUGAACCAAAGUGGAAGAUAGAGGAACUUGUACCACUGGAUUGAAAAUUAAG